CGCAACGUGGUUUACGUCACUGUGCGACUAAACGACGAGGAGUGAGGUACGAAUUGAGGACAGAGAGUGGCUAGUGCUAUUACACAAUAUUUUGUAAAGUGAUUUGUGAUUGUGCCAUUGGGAUUACAUUGCGCUUACAGCGAAAGUGAAGUUCAACAUACGCCACAAACACAACACCGACAUCAACAUGUGCAUCUUAAAGUUCAAGAACAGCGACAAGUGCAAAAUGAUCAACAGAAGUAAACUUGGCAAUGCGCUUCAGGGCGUCCUAACCCAGGCCAAAGCCGAACGUCGGCUGGUCUGCGGUCUUCUCCCUGCCAUCGCCCGUCUGGAAAAAGCUUCCGACGACGUUCUUCUGUGCGUGCUCCCCUUGACCAGACCCGGGGACGCCGCUACCCACAUGCAGACGGUCCUGCUUCAGGCCUUCUGCUACGAGAACUACAUUCCUGUGAUCCAGGUGGACAGCAGCGAGAAAUUGGCGGAAUAUUGCGGUCUGGGGUCGAAAGUGGACUGUCCUUGCGCCAUUAUCGUUAAGGAUGUGAAUGUAGAAGGAAAACCGGAGCCGCCGCUGUCGCCCUCGGAGCAGGAGUUAGCGGAUUUCUAUGAAUGUACGCUAGAGGAGUUUCCGAGACCCAUUGUAGAGUUGCCUAGAUGAAGUUUUUAUUGGACUUGAAGUGAUUGAGCACUAAUGAGAUUUAAUGAAAUGUGUUGUUUGCAGCCCGAAAGGUUGCUGCUGCGGCGGAGUGCCGCAUGUGAAUUAGCGUUAAUUUACAAUAAUUGUGUGAUUAUUACUAUAAUUUGCGCAUAAUUGUUCAUGCCGUUGAGAUUUGGAGGUGUGACAUUGGGUCUUGUGAUUAGCGAGUUUAUUUGAUUAUUGUGUUAUACAUAUUUAUCAGAUAAUCAAUAAAUGAUGAUAUUGAUAAAUAA